UUGAGUUUUUAUUCCAGAGACUACAGCACUGCUAACACGUGGAACUCUUUUUUUUUUUUUUGCGCUCACAGUCCAGACUUCAGAGGAUGGCUGAAGUUUGAUCUGUAAACAAUAAGAGCAAAGCAGAGCAACCAUGAGGGACAGACUGAGCCACCUGCAGGCGAUGUCCAGUGGCCCCGUUGAGCCAGCGGAGUAUGCGGAGUCCACGCGCUCUGAGUCACUCAGCAGUGUUGAGCUGGACAACAGCCCUGCUCUGUCAGAGAUCUUUUCUCAGGCACAAGGCAUCCACAAAGACAUCCAGCUCAUCCGCCUGGAGGUGAAGAGGCUUUGUGAGCAGAACUCCUGUAUGUUUCAUGGCACUUCCACAAGCAGUACUGAAAGGGACUCGAUUGGAGCCGAUAUAAAGGCACGGGCUGAGAAUGUGCUGGCACGCCUGCGUGACAUGGAUGGGACAGCGCACAAGUUAGAAGAAACACACGGUGCAAAUUCUGCUGUGACACGUAUCGCCAGAACCCAGUACGCUUGCCUCAGUAACGGCUUUCACAAUGCAAUGUUCGACUAUAAUGAGGCCGAGAUGAGCCACCGGGAAAACUGUAAAGCCCAGAUCCAGAGGCAAAUGGAGAUAGUGGGGCAUGAGGUGACAGGAGAAGAGGUGGAGGAGAUGAUUGAGAAAGGUCAGUGGAACAUCUUCAGUGACAAUGUCGUGACUGAAGGUAGAACGGCCCGUUUAGCCCUGUCCCAGGUUGAGAAACGACACCAGGAGCUGCUAGACCUGGAGAGCCGUAUCAAGAGCAUCCAUGAGAUAUUCCUGGACAUUGCCCUGCUGGUAGAGGAGCAGGGCUCCAUGCUGGACUCCAUCCAGAACAAUGUUCAGAAAACUGAUGAAGGCAUACAGGAUGCCCUAUUCAAAAUUGGCAGGGCCAAACGCCAUGACAGCAACAACCUAUUUAAAAGAAUAUUUAAAAGGACAUAAGUAGCUUAAGAUGUUUUUUUUUGUUUUGUUUUUUUUAAGUUGGCUCAGUCCCAACAUGAGAAGGAGUUAAUAAAGCUACUUUUGGCCGCUCCCUUAUUCACAAGGGGUCAUCACAGCGGGUAGCUCCACAUAUUUAAUUUGGCAGAUCUUUAUGCCAGAUACCUUUCCUAAUGCAACCCUAAAGGGGUUUGUGUCUAAUAACAUUUAUUAAAAAACAAAACUCUGUGGCUUUCAGAAAUGUUCAGGAAAUUAAUAAAAUUGCUAGUAACAUGAUUGCUGCAAAGUGUAAGGCUGAAUGAUUCUUUAAUUCUUUGUGGUUUUUCAGUUUUUCCACAGAAAUGAACAGGAAUAUUACAGUUCUUUGGCUGCUUGUCAGAAAUUUCCCAUUCCCUCAAAGGGUACCAAUAAUGAAGCAUUUAAACUGAGAUUUCUUUUAUAUCGAUUAUGCAGGAAAUAUACUAUAAUGCACCAUGUACGCUUUAACACAUUUUUUUCCAGGCCUCUGAAUUA